AUGGACGGAAAGACUCCUAUGCAGGCACUGGAAAGCCUGCUGCAUGACCACCGAUUCAUUUACGACACCCGACAGGAACCCAAAACAGAUGUCGUAACAGAGAUUUUCUUUGUUCAUCCUUAUUCAAUCACUAUGUGGCGUGCAUUCCCGCACAUGAUGUUGAUAGACGCGACCUACAAAAUAAACCUCUACAACAUGCCAUUUGUCCAGGUUGUGGGUGUGACGUCGACUGGGAAGUCUUUUUGUAUCGCACAUGCCGUUAUUUGUAAAGAACGAAGGGGUAACUACGUGUGGGUGCUUGAGCGGAUCAAGUCAAUCUUGCAUGAAUGUAUGAUGCCGCGUGUGAUAGUCACGGAUAGGGAGCUUGCCCUAAUUAACGCGUGUUCUAAAGUAUUCUCGAACGCAACCAGGCUUCUAUGCACCUUUCACAUCGAACAAAAUAUAGUUAGACAUUGCAAGAAAGGGUUCGAUAAAGAAGAUUGGGGGAAAUUUAUGACGUACUGGCGGAGAGUAUGCGAAUCUACUUCAGAGCCCAUGUACAAGUACAACUUGGAGAAAAUGUAUAACCGACUCGUGGUUGCCAACCGAGAAAGUGUCUAUGAUUACGUCUACGAAAACUGGCUAAAAGACUAUAAAGAAAUGUUCGUUUAUGCGUGGACCGAUAAGUGUCGCAACUUUGGUCAGCGCACCACCAACAGAGUUGAGAGCCAGCACGCAAAUUUAAAAAGAUACAUUACACGCGGGAGUUCAUUAGUGCGAAUAGCAAGAUGCGUCAUUGAUAUAGUUGAAACUCAGUACGAUGAAAUACAAAAAAGUUUCACCGAGAGCAUCGAAAAAACGAUGAACCACCACAGACACCCGUUCUUGGAGAACCUACGUGGAAAGGUUUCCCAUGAAGCACUUGAUUUGCUGGCAAAAGAGCUAAUGAGGAAGCUGGAGGUGUUGCGGAAACUUAACGCAUCAUGUGGUUGCCAUAUGUGGCUUAGCUGUGGAUUGCCGUGUGUUUGUAUGCUGGAAAACUACAAACGUACAGGGCGUAUGAUACAACUAGACGAAAUAGAUGUAUUCUGGCGUAAGCUUGACUUGCUCCCGUGUAAACUGGUAGAUGAGGAAGUCGAUAUUGUAGCAGAGCUCAAUAAUGUGCGGCAACAUUUAGAGGCGCAGUCCCCCGUUCAGCAAAAGAGUAUGCUUUCAAAGAUAAAAGCGGUCUUCACCCCGAAAUCGUCAACCAAGAAACCACCGAUCGUCCAGCAAAAUACUCGCAGUCGGCCUACAUCAAAGAAAGUACAAGAAAGGCUAGAUGAAGCUGCGAGGUUAGACGAAGCUGCGAGAUACAGCGCCUAUGGCGAGGACAGCAACGUAUAUACCGCUUCCCCCAAACAUAGGUACGAUUUACCCCGACACAGCUCAUACGUACCGUCAGAGGGCUCUCGUGGAACUGGUUCGUUUGUGAAGUCUGAAAAACCUAAAAUGCAACGAAACAGUUCAACAAGUUCUAAAAAGAAGGAGACGCGGGAUGAUAAGGGUUUUCCAUUAAUAAAGGGGGACGAGCACUUGUUAAGCAUUAAGAGGUUUAAGAAUCAAAUUCCAUCAGAGUUUCACUCUUACAUAUCGCGUAUACAAGAUGUGACCCCAGACGGUCAUUGUGGGUACAGGUCUGUGGCUGUCGAGUUUCACUCUUACAUAUCGCGUAUACAAGAUGUGACCCCAGACGCUAUUUGA